AUGGCUAGACAACCAGCUCAGUCGCCUAGCUAUGACAGUCUACCAAGUUCAUCACCUUCUAGUGUCAACCAUUUUCAAUUCACCUUCAACUGCUCAGCGUCCAAUUCCGGGGGAAACAGUUUUAUUGAGCCUGAUCCGAAUGCGCAGGGCAUCGUACAAGAUUUUCCCGAGGAAUUCGGGCGCACCUAUCACGCGUAUCGGGCUGGUUGUAAGCUCAAUCUGCCUGUGACCCAACUUUCUGUCACUGACGUUGCCCUCCCAGCAUAUGCAUUUCCCAACGAUCAACUAGAGCGCGAACGUCUGACGUUGCAGAACAGAGCUUUGGUGAAACUCUUUGGGGGACGUCUCUUCUUUGCUCCGCUAUCAAAAAGAGUACCGCCCAUAAACAUGCUUGACAUAGCGACUGGCACUGGUGAUUGGGCUAUCAAAAUGGGAGACCUGUUUCCAGAGACUGAAGUCAUCGCUACCGACCUUUCACCAAUACAACCUCGGAAUGUACCACCGAAUGUCAACUUUUACGUUGAGGACUCUUCUGAACCAUGGGAUUACUCAGAACCUUUUGAUUAUAUUCACACCCGGGUCACCUCCGGCUGCUGGGCCAGUUUUAAGGAACAGAUCGCAGAUCAAGCUUUGAUAACACUAAGACCAGGAGGCUGGUUCGAGUCGCAGGAGUAUGAUGCUAUUAUAAUGUCUGAUGACGAAAGUCUCCCCUUGAAUGGACCUCUGGCGACGUGGUUUCGCGAAAUCAACGAAGCUUCGGAAAUUAUGGGCCGGCCAGCUAACGUUGCUGCACAAGUCCGUGAUGCAUACGUCCAGGCGGGGUUCGUUGAUGUACAAGAGCGUAUCUUCAAAAUGCCUAUGAACGGUUGGCCGAAGGACGAACGUUUGAAGGAGCUUGGUCGCAUGUGGGAGAGAAAUUUCCUGAUGGGUCUCAGCGGCUUCUCCUUCACACUAUUCAAUCGCGCUUAUGACAGAAGUCCUGCGCAAACCGAGUUACAACUUGUGGAUGUCCGACGGGAGCUCAUCGAUACGAGGAUCCAUGCUUACAUACCCAUACAUGUCAUCAUAGGCCGGAAGCCAUUUCCUGGUGAGAGAGAUGUUCCGAGAGCAUCAUUUACAUGA